AUGACAUACAGCAACUCAGGGCAAGUCAUGUCGACAUCAGCUCCCAAGGAAGCUGUUCACUUCAAAUCACGUUCGUCGCAGUACCUCCACAGAAGAUCCGCCCUGUCAGAGAUCCCAAUCAUUCCUGAAUCAGUACUUACACCUGAGUCUAGUCAACAAGAUGAGCGCUAUGCUUGUGAAAGUACGUUCACAUCUACAAAUGAGAGAAAGCGCCUACGAGAUGAUAAAGAUACUAUGGAUAUUGAUGAUGGGAUAAGCAAAAUACGCAUGAAGCCUGAUAUUCUCACGUUUUACCGCACUCCAGGAGCUUUUAAAUUUUGUCGUCGGAUAAGCAGUGGACCUCCGAUAGUCGUUUUCUAUUCCAAUGGAAACUUUUUCAGACCAUUUCCAUACCAGCAAUCGAUCUUUUUUAAACAAGAGAGACCUUUGCAAUGCGAUGGCUACUUGUAG